AUCCCAUCAACUCAUCAAGCAUUGCCCUCAACACGUGAACACAAUUAAUUAGUCCGUGACCAUGAAGGUCUCCACUUUGCAGUCGCUGCUUCUUGUGAUCAUCUUGUCUAGUUCCUGCAGCCUGAGUGCAAAUGCAGGUGCUGGAGAUCACCAUGAACACAAACAUUUCAUGGUUGUGCCAACAAGCUCCCUAAAGCACAUCCCAGAAGACGCCGCCUGCUCCGGACACAAGGUGAUACCGUCAAACGGCACCGCCUGGGUGCCGAUGAACUGCUCGCACGGUCCGUGCUCAUCAACAUCGUCGAGGGCAUCAGAGGAUAUAGGCAUCGAUGUCGAUGACAUGCUUCUGUGGGACCAGCUCCGCACCAGCUACAUCCGGACGCAGCUCUCUGCUGAUAUCGGCAGUGUCGGUGCGGGGAUACCAAUAAUUGCCAGAUCUACCACGGUUUCUAACCGGGAUUAUAUGCUGUCUUCGACAGCUUCAGUCGGGACAAACUCAGGGACAUCGAACUCGAUCGAAAAAUCUGAUCAGACUCCGCCCGGCGAGCACCAUGCCACUAUGAGCCAGACGGUGGUCGUCGACACGAGCAGCGACAUCCCCUGGGUGCAGUGUCUCCCGUGCCCCAUCCCGCAGUGCCACCUCCAGAAGGAUCCCUUCUAUGACCCUGCCAAGUCGAGUACGUUCGCACCAAUCACAUGUGGCUCACCGGCCUGCAAGGUGCUAGGCAGCAGCUACGGCAAUGGCUGCUCAACCACCACCGAUGAGUGCAAGUACAUUGUAAAUUAUGGCGACGGUAAGGCAACUACCGGGACGUAUGUUACUGACACGCUGACGAUGUCCCCAACCAUUGUGGUGAAGGACUUCCGGUUUGGGUGCAGCCAUGCCGUGAGGGGCUCCUUCAGCAACCAGAAUGCAGGCAUCCUGGCACUCGGCGGCCGUCGCGGGUCGCUUCUACAGCAGACAGCAGAGGCCUAUGGUAACGCAUUCUCCUACUGCAUCCCACAGCCGAGCUCCGCCGGCUUCCUCUCGUUGGGCGGGCCGGUGGAGGCUUCGUUGAAGUUUGCACAUACACCUCUCAUCAAGAACAAACAUACACCAACAUUCUACAUCGUGCACCUGGAGGCGAUCAUCGUGGCCGGGAAGCAACUGAGCGUGCCGCCAACAGCUUUUGCCACGGGCGCGGUGAUGGAUUCUGGCGCAGUCGUCACGCAGCUGCCGCCACCAGUGUACGCUGCACUACGAACAGCGUUCAGAAGCGCCAUGGCAGCGUAUGGCCCACUGGCGGCACCCGUGCGCAACCUCGACACAUGCUACGACUUCACCCGCUUCCCUGAGGUGAAGGUCCCAAAGGUUUCUCUCGUAUUCGCUGGCGGCGCCACCUUGGAGCUCGACCCGGCAUCCAUAAUGUUGGAUGGCUGCUUGGCGUUCGCGGCCACCCCCGGUGAAGAAUCCGUCGGCUUCAUCGGCAACGUGCAGCAGCAGACUUACGAGGUUCUCUAUGACGUCGGCGGCGGCUCCGUGGGAUUCCGCCCUGCUGCGUGCUGAUGUGGUAGGUUGCAGGACAACCAAUCGUGUGAAAUGACCCACUACUAUAUAUUUGAGGUCUACAAGGUACACUACCAGAAAAACUGGGGUUGCCGACGGCCAAAUCUAUGCCGACGGCCCCCGUCGGCAUCGCCGGACAUAUGCCGACGGCCAAGGAUAGGCCGUAGGCGUAGAAAAGCCGUCGGCAUACAUCCAACUAUGCCGACGGGGCCGUCGGCAUAGACGAGGCCGUCGGGACCGCCCGAGAUACGCCUACGGGGCCCGUCGGCACAGGUCAGGCCGUCGGCAUAGCAUGGGCCCACCUGCCCGGUCAGCGCUGACCAUUUGACGGCGUUGAACCUACGCCGACGGGUGGUAACGGCGGCCGUCGGCAUAUCUGUGGCAGAGGUAUGCCUAUGGCGUAGCCGUCGGCAUAGGCCCCUCUGCCACGUCAACGAUCCGUGUGCCACGCCACGUCAUCGAUCCGUGUGUGCGCAGGUAUGCCGACGGCCUUGCCGUCGGCAUAUGUUUACUUUACUUAAUUUUUAAAUUUAUCUAUGGCAGAGGUAUGCCUACGGCACAGCCGUCGGCAUAUGUUUACUUUACUUAAUUUUUAAAUUUAUCUAUGGCAGAGGUAUGCCUACGGCACAGCCGUCGGCAUAGGCCCCUUCGCCA